UUGCUUUCGCAGGGCAUCUUGCUUGGCGUGUUGUUCCAGGGAGAAUCCAUCCCGUCCGUGUUUCCGCAAGCUACCUAAGAGUCUUAGGAUACCCCAGUAGAUCCCUCAGUUGCCAAAUUCCUGGGAGAUCCCUAGGUCGCCCUCGGAGAUCCCUGGAUUCCAUAGGCUGCGACCAUGGCGUCGCUGGCAGCGGGGUUGCUGCGGCUGGUGCCGGUGGUGGGACCGCCGGCCGCGGCGUUGCUUAUCGUGCUCAGUGAUAACGCCGGCCCCAUCUUCCUCGCUCUGCUCGCGAUCUUCGUUUAUAAAUACAUCAACGCGAGCUUUUUCGACGCCGAGGAUAAAAUCUACGGCGUGCGCGCUGACGUGGACGGCCCGGGAAUCACGUACCGCCACAGCCGCUUCCACGGCCUCCUCGAGACGCCGUUCGCCGGCGCCGGCACCAUUCCCGGCCUCCUCAACAUGUCCGUUAAGAAGUACCGCGAUCGCCGGCUGCUCGGCACCCGCCGAUUAAUAUCCCGCGAGCUCGAGCUCGACCAGAAGUUGGGGAAGCAGGUGGAGAGAUUAACUCUCGGGGACUACGAGUGGGAGUCGUACGGGCGCGUGCACGAGCGCGUGGUGGCGUUCGGCGCGGGGCUGAUGGGGAGCGGCCAUGGGGGGGGCGAGAAGCUGGCCAUGUUUGCGGAGACGAGGGCGGAGUGGUACAUUGCGAUGCAGGGCGCGUUCCAGCACGGGCUCGUCGUGGUGACGGUGUACGCGUCUCUGGGGGAGGACGCGCUCGUGCACUCGCUGAACGAGACCGAGGUUGCUACAGUGGUUUGUGAUAGGAAACAGUUUGACAAGCUCGUUGAGGUGCACUCCCGCCUCGCUACAGUGAAGCGCGUUAUAGUGAUGGCGGAGCAGAAGGCUGAUAACGAGACAGUCAGUAAGGAGGAGCCGCUGCCCAGCAGCGUGGGAAGCAUCGCGGUGAUUUCCUAUGCUGACGUGGAGGCUAAAGGAGUGGAGAGCCCUGUAGAACCGAGUCUGCCCAAGUCGUCUGACCUGGCAUUCAUCAUGUACACGUCAGGCUCCACUGGAGUUCCCAAGGGCGUGAUGAUGACCCAUGGCAAUCUAGUGGCAGUCUUCGCAGCAAUCAUGGCGCUGGUGCCCGAUGCCGACCACAACGAUGUGUACAUUGCGUACCUUCCCCUCGCACACUCCCUUGAGCUCACUGCAGAGACGGGCAUGGUAUCCAUAGGAGCCAGCAUCGGCUAUGGCUCGCCCCUCACAGUGAUGGACGGAGCCGGCAAGCUCAAGGCCGGGGUUAGGGGCGACCUGUCCGUGCUGCGCCCCACCCUCAUGGCUGCUGUGCCGGCCAUUCUGGAUAAGAUCCGAGAUGGAGUCAGGAGAAAGAUGGCGUCACAAUCCCCAACCGUUCAGCAGCUCUUCGCGCUCGCUUACAGCCGUCGAUUGGCGGCGAUCAACGGCAGCUGGGCGGGCGCGUGGGGCGUGGAGAAGCAGGUGUGGGACGCGCUCGUCUUCAAGCGCAUCCAGGCGGCCGUGGGCGGCAGGCUGCGCUACAUGCUGUCGGGUGGGGCGCCCCUGUCCCCGGACACCCAGCGGUUCAUCAACGUGUGCUUCAACGUUCCCAUUGGCCAAGGCUACGGCCUCACAGAGACGUGCUCUGGAGGAACCUUUGCAGAAUUUUCCGACACCUCUGUGGGGAGAGUUGGGCCGCCCAUUCCCUGCUGCUACAUCCGGCUGGUGGACUGGGAGGAGGGCAACUACCGUGUGACUGACAGGCCGCUGCCUCGAGGGGAGAUAAUGAUUGGCGGGUACUGCGUAACCCCGGGGUACUGGAAGAACCAGGACGCCACCGAUGCUGUGUACUCGGUGGACCAGCAGGGCAUCCGGUGGUUUGCAACGGGCGACGUGGGCGAGGUGCAUCCGGAUGGAGUGUUCCAGAUCAUCGACCGGAAGAAGGACAUCGUGAAGCUGCAGGCCGGGGAAUACGUGUCACUUGGGAAGGUGGAGGCGGUCCUCCAGGUGAGCUCCUACGUGGAGAACGUGAUGCUGUACGCCGACCCCUUCAAGUCCUUCACCAUCGCCCUCGUCGUGCCGUCCAAGCCCGCCAUUCUCGCGUGGGCCAAAGCCAAGGGUGUAGACACUGCUGACUAUGGCGUGCUCCUGGGAAGCCCGGAUACGGUUUCGGAAGUGCUUAAGUCCCUUGUUGAGGUGAGCAAGGAGGGCAAGCUUGAAAAGUUUGAAGUGCCUGCGAGGAUCAAGCUCCUCCAAGAGCCAUGGACUCCGGAGAGUGGUCUUUUGACAGCAGCCUUGAAGCUAAAGCGGGAUGUUGUUCGACGAAAGUUCCAGGAGGACCUAGAUGCACUUUAUGCCUAGUACGGUAGUUGAGUUGGACAUGGAGUUUCUGUUCCAGGAAUUACUUUUUACCGAAAUACGUAAUCGAACAACUGUACGUGUUGAAGUUAUCAGCUCUUUGAUUGGGCUGACAUUAUGGCGGUUCUUUUGCCAUUGCGUUCGUGUGGGUUUGUUGGAGAAUCAUU